AUGUUGCUUAGUUGUCUUAAAGUGAUUUCUGAUCCCCGAUACAAAGCGUCAAGAGAAAAUAAAGCUUUUUGGCACGCGAAUGAAACACAACUGUUCCUUAUUUCAUUCUUGAGCGUUGGAAAGCAGCAUAUUUUGCAAAGUAUUUAUACUUUUGUGGAUAGAAGUCUCAACAAGAGCAUGUUUGAGAUUGAAAAUGAAGUUGAAGAGAAUUUGGUGAAAAACUUAUCAUCAACAUUUGCAGUGAUUAAAGUUCGAAUUGUUCAUAUUGGGAGAAAUGACUAUUUUCUUUCAAUUACAAAUCGAGUAACGGAAACAGGAAAACACAAUCAUUAG